ACGACAGGAAUGUGUGUCCCCCGUGUGUAAGCUCUGGGAAGAAUACAAAAAAAACGCAUCGUCUGAAGGCGAAGGGCGCAAACAAAGCGAUGAGAAAACAAAGCUCAGCGAGCGUCGAGAAGAUUGCAGCAGACGAGAGAAGCGGCUGCUCGAGUGUGUGUUGGGCAGUGAGACCGCGGGAAGCAAAAACAACCCAAAACCUUCACCAUCAGCUGCUCGGUGUGGUGGUGCGCAUUGCAACACGAACGGUGCUCUGGUGUUGGUGCGAUCUGUGCAAUGCAAAGCACAGUGUAAAGGGAAUGUGGAAGAAAAGGAAGAGAAAAAAAAACAUGCCAAAAGAGAAAAUGCUUGGUCAGAAGGUCAGAGUGUAGACCAGAGGGAACCUUGAAGGGGGAAGAAACACUAGGUACGAAGCAACACGGCGAGCAAAACCGACAAAGCAAAACGGAGCAGGAGAAGCAAACGAAAAGGAGCUUACAGCAUCCUGGCACGUUGAACAGCGUCCGCUUAAGCGCAAGCUAAAAGGGCGUAAAGCUUCGUCGCCCAGCGAGAAUGUUGCAAAAUUCCUUCGCUCACUAGUUCUAUUUUAGAUUAAUCUACGUCUUCGCCCGGGCUUUUGCUUCCUGUUGUUUUUUUUCUCAGCCCUGCCUGCUCAUGGUUGUUUUGGUUGCUGGGCCUGCUUAUUAUCCCCGCCUUGCUUUAUGUGCGCACACGGCCGAUGGUAACAUUAUUUACAGUUACUGCUGGCCACCCGGGCCGGAGUGGAUUCCCCGUGGCAACCAUGUCUAGGAUGGUGCAGCAGCCGCAGUAGCAGGAGCAGGAGGAUCAGAGGCUGUGGUUUUAAUGCUCUUGCGGGGAAGGGAACUGAAACCGGUCCCUGGUUGCAAGUUCCCGAACCGGCAGCAAACGAUCUCCAGCCAGCGUUUGCCCUUAUUUUUUGUGUGUGUCUUGUUCCCACACGACGUGGGACGGGUAAUUAUUCUUUCGGGCUUUAAAUGGGUUCUUUGCAAAAUGAAAACGGACUUUUUUGGUCUUUUUUGGUGGGUGCGACAGUUAUCAGAACAGAAGGAUUAGGCAGGCGGAUGGCAAUGAUGGUUUGGAAAAAACGGCAAAAUAGGAUUGAGCGAAUUACGCCCGUAAUCAAUGGAGAAAAGAAGAAAGGCGUGCUGCAUUUGCUGACGCUGUAGCAGCAUGGUGCUGUGGAGUUUGAAACAAACUUGUAAGGCUGUUGGAGUGUUUCUCGGCGCAAAUGAAGGAAACAAAUCAAGGUUUGAGGCGAUCUGUCGCUCGAAUAUUCUGCCAACAACAACGGUGCUUCGCCGAAGAAGCGACACGAGCACAGGGAAACGAUAGUGUUGCUUUGCUACAUCGUUGUGUUUUUUUUUAUUGACUAAAAAAAAAGUCCGAGAAGCAAGAGGACCUUCCAUCCCACAGUAUUGACUGCUGCAAGUACACCCACACACCCCCUGCUCGCCGUAGGUAAUUGCACCACAAUUCCCGUGUGCGGUCGCGUUAUUCAUGUUUCGUUCUACGAGCCCAAGCCGAGAGCACAUUCCUCGCUGCACUGAAACGUUGGAUUGUGGGAGACUUUUAUUGCCUGGUUGGCUGGCUGGGUAGCAAACAGACGGAAGGGGCCACUAAGUAAGCGACGAUUUGGUCGAGGAAUGCCAAGCCCGAGAGAACUGGUGGGAACUGAGCGACGGGCCUCGGUGCAGCUAAAGGUGUGUAAAAUACGCAAAGGAAAGCAUUCGCGUAAACACGUUUGCUGCUGUGCUGGAGUGAGCAGAGAGUCCUUGAGAAAGUGGCAAUGCAGCCCUUCGGUACGAUGCGGUGUAGUAGGGCCGGUAGAAUGGUCCCGAUAGCGCGGUGACAAGCGACCAAAAAGGGGCACGAAAACGACGCAACAGAACCAUCGUCAGCGGCAGCCGCGGCAGCAGCAACAGCACCAGACCUAAAUGGCCAGGCGAGAGCUAAAUUGUCAAAAAGGCAAAAGAAGCUUUUUACUUGGUUCGUGGUAAAACGUGUGUAGUUACCCCCUAUUUCCUUCCCCCGCCAAAAGGGAAGGAAAUAAAUGAAAAACGGAAAGUGGGCAAGCAAAAAGCCUACAGCGGAAGGAGUCCAGAAGCACGAAAGUGAAGCUUUUUGCGUAAGUGAAGUGCAAGUGUUGUGUGUGUGCGUGCUUGUGGGAGGGCGAAGUGGCGCGCGCGGAGUGUUGUAGGUGUUUAUUAGUAAAGUGGUGCGUUGCGUGUGUGUAGGUGCAGGGCGCGCAUGGAAGUGUAGCAAGGGGUUGGUGUGUAGAGGGUGAACGUAAGCGCGGCGUGUUUCGAAAGGAAAGCUUGCAGCACAACAUAUUAUUUCCAAAAAAAUUAUACCUUAUCGAGGUAUUGUGUGCGGUGCAGGGUGUCCGUUCUUAUGUGUGUGUGUGAGUGGUGAAAAUUUGGCCUCGACUCGGAAAGCGCCCUCGACUCCUCACACCGACAAAAGCGAAAAAAAAACAACCACAAGCGGAAGGUACUGGCCACAGGAUGGCGGUGAGCAACAUCGUGUGCGAGUGGUUGCGCGCCCUCGGGCUGGGCCAGUACGCGGAAAGCUUCCUCGACAAUGGGUACGACGAUCUGGAGAUCUGCAAGCAGGUCGGCGAUCCCGAUCUGGACGCGAUCGGCGUACAGAAUCCGGCCCACCGGAGCAAGCUGCUCAAGAGCGUGCGGCUGCUGCGCGAGAAGGGUGCGGCCAGCGUCUACUUUCAGCUGAACGACCCGAAAUCGCUGCUCUCCGACAACAGUGACAGUUUGGAGCGGGACAGCUCGCCGCUGAUGCUGAGUGAGCUGGAGGCGCUGCUGCAGGAGCAGCUCAAGGCGGACGGCGUUUGUCUGACGGCACAUCCGUACUCGACACCGGACGGUGCACGGGGCCACCUGGAGGGUCUGGCAUCGGUGUACUGCGAAAUGCUGCUGGCCCCGUUUGGCGAGGUCCUGUCGGCGCUGGAGGAGGCACGGCAGCGCGCCUGGUCGGAGCGAAGUCCCCACAGUUCGUCGGGAGGUGGUGGCUUGAUACGGGGACAUCGAGGCAAUUCGUGCCACGGCGGGCUUCCAAACAGCCACAGUCAGCCAAUUUACGUGCCCGGCAAGUAUUCGCCCUCGAGCUGUUUGUCCGAUAAGGAGGAGGACGAAAUUUAUGGGUUCGGGUACGGUGUGUUCGCUCCCAGGGUAGCUAGAACAACCCUCCAGUCACAGCAAGCCCAGCCAGGGCAGCAGCAGCAGCAGCAGCAACAGCAGCAGCAGCAGCAGCAGCAGCAACAGCAGCAGCAACAACAACAACAACAGCAGCCACAACAAUCACAAACCUCCGCCAACGUACCUGCCAACAGUGCUGCUGUACAGCAAAGCUGCCUCAGCCCACGCUCAGCGUACUUCUACGAAUUUCCACCGACGGAUGGUCGAGAAACAAGCAAAAAGCGGACAACGUUGGCGAGGCUCUUGAGAGGACUAAAGACUGUAAAUAGGCGUGAUAGAUCGAAUCAAAACACCACCGGCGGCACUGCAACGCAGUCAAGGUCACAGAACGAAAGACUGAGACACUUCCAAAUGAAUGGCGGUGGACCGCAGCCAAGUUUCGAGGAAACCAUACAGAGGCUAAAAAUACAGGAAGCGCUACGGAAGAAGGAAAAGUUUCAACGCGAACACGAAGAGAUACUCCGAGACAUUCGGCAAGGACUGCUGCAGCUAAGCAGGGACUCGAGAGACGACACGUACAUGUACGAUGAUGCGGUAACGAAUGUGAUGCGAAUGCCCCAUCACCAGGGUCACUGGUACGAUGAACCACCGUACGAGAGCGAUCCGGACGACUUCCUAAUGUCCGGCAUGCGACAGAUCGGUGCUGCCGGCUAUGCAGGCGACGGUGGAGGAGGCGGCGAUGGUGGCGGAGGUCCCAGUGCUACCAUACAGGGUGGCCGCGUCUGCUACACCACGAACGGGAGGGAAGGCCCACAGAGUGUGAUAUCGUUGCGGUCCGCGGGUGAUAUUUCCAUACCGCAGCGGGGUCCCCGGCGGGGCCUGAUCGUACCCCAGCAGCCACCGAACCCUCCAACCAUCAUACCCCUCAAACAUGCCCGAUCGCACGAUCGGGAAAGCGGAGAUUAUGCCGGUUCAAUAUCGGAUCUACACAGUGUUACCUCCCGGCUGAGUCAGGUUUCGAUCGGAAUGAAUAACUGCACCGCCCGCUACCGAACGCUCAGUGCGGGUCUGGGCGACGAAUCUCCAUCGCCAUCGCCCACCCCAUCGUCCGAGUACGAUGACAUCCUGCAAGCGAACGCCCUGCAGCUUCAGAAGCAUCUGCACCACCAUCAACAGCUGAAGCGGUUGGACGGUGGUAUGGUCGGGCCGGGGCAACCGGGGUCAACAUCCGGUCUCAUCGGCAGUGCGGCAUCGUGCUUGGUUGGGCCGGCUGGAUCGUCCGCAGCAGUGGCAGCAGCAGCGCCCAUCGGCAACAGCUCGGUGGGCAACACGUCCGGCACAGUCGGCGGUAGCAUAGCGCUCGCUUCCGGUGGUGCAUCCGGUACCAAUCUGCCGUCGGUGCUCGGCGGUACCGGGGGUGUCGGAACGGAUAUCAGCAGUGCAAGCACGAGCAACAGUACCGCCACCACCGGUGGCAGCAGCGGCAACAGUAGCAGCAGUGCCAGCAGCAACAACAGCACCAGUACAAAGAACACCGUCAACAAUCUGAAAAGCCUGAAGGCGGCCAAAAACCGGAACAAUCUAACGUCCUCACUGGCGGCGGCAUCGGCCGCGUCGUCGGCGGCGGCGGUCUCGCACAACAAUAAAAAUUUAAGCAUAAGUCAACAGAUAGCUUUAGUACAUCACUCGAAUGACGCACGAACAUCGCCAAAAGAUCAUCUGCUGUACGGAGGAAAGGACCGUAGCAAUCGUGACUACAGCAAUUGCUUGGAUAGCAUCAGUGACCAAACCUUCCAGCAUUCGGCCAGCUCGGUCGAGAGUUUGCCAAGUGCAUCCGGGUCAAGCACACAAGCGCUGGUUCGGCCUGGCAGCCCGCACAGUUCCCUCUCGGCGGAAGAUCGCACCACGAUGCUGCCGAUCUGUAGGGCGAUCGCACUCGUCGACAGUUGCCCGAGCCCGUACGACAAGGAAGCGUUACGGUUUAAGAAAGGGGACAUAAUCGACGUACUGUCGAUGAACGCGUCCGGCGUUUGGCGAGGCUACGCGAACGGUCGAUUGGGUCACUUCAAGUUCAUUAGCGUAGAGGUGCUGCUCGAUUUGCCCACGACCGGGCUGAAGGGAUACGGUGGUAAGCUGGUGAGCCGGCAUCGGUUGCCUACGAGCUGCCCGACAAGCGUCGAGGAGCUGCUGCUCCGAAUCGGCCUCAAGGAGUACACAUCCGUAUUUGUGCUCAAUGGGUAUGAGGAUCUGGAGCUGUUCAAGGAGCUGGAACCGUCCGAUUUAGACUACCUUGGCAUCGGCAACACGGAGCACCGGGCGAAGAUACUCGCCGCCGUUCAGCUGCUGCACGACUUGGACUCAACGUCCGAUGGCGAUGUGGCCGGUUCGAGCUCGGAAAACGAUGAAGGCUUGCGGUUGAAUCACGUCGGCGGUCUCGGUGGCAGUGGCGUUGGCAGCGGCAAUGGUAGCAACGGCGGUGGUGGAGACCACCAAACGUCUCCAUUCGGCCGACGGCAUUUUACCCGCGACUCCGGCUGCUACGAAGGCUCGCCGGUACCGUCGUCGCAAGGUUCGCACAAUUCCCAUUCCUACCAGCAGCAGCUGCAUCAUCUUCAACAGCAGCACCAGCAGCAGCUACAAUCGCACAACAACGGUCAACCGUUGCAGCCGUUGCAGCAGCAGCAGCAACCGCACGGCAACAUGGCCACGCUAAUGGGCACGCAUCAUCAUCACCUUCACCACCAUCACCUGUCCGACAAUGAGACGAACAAUCUCGAUUCGGUGGUGGCCCAGUGCUCGAACGAGAUACUGAAGCGUGUCGAGUCGGCCCGGCGCUACAACGGUACGACCGAGCGCGGCUCGUCCAAAACGAUGAACAGCAGGACGAUGGCAAAGAAGGGCGGUUUGCUGGGCGGUGGUGGCAGCGAUGGUAGCGGUGGCAUGGUGAUGGUUGGCGGUGGCGGCGUUACCGGCGGCAGUAGCGGCGGGGCACUGAGUGAAAAGUCAAGCGACUCGGGUGUUAGCAGCAGCAGCCUCUCGUCCGGACCGGCCAAGGGUAGCGGCGGCCUCUAGCGGCCAGUCCGUGCCGCUAUGAUGACCACGUACGAAGAUGCGACCGUGCGGAUGCUUUCGUGCUGUCCUUCGUUGCUACCGCCAGACCUGUUCGAAGGUGCGGAACGAGGUCUGGCGUCCGACAUCGAGCGGUAAGUGAGAUGAGGUGUGUUCGAGUUGACAGGCAUCGGUGUCGUUCCACCGGCCGAAGUAGGCUGUAUCCUUUUCCGUUGCUGUGUGUAUAUGCAAAGCAACACGCAGCGUAACGCGCACAAUCUUAGUUCUAGCAGUGUGUAUUCUACCAUAAGUUUGAACCAAGAAAAUGCAUCGCCGAGCGAAGAAUCCGUGCAGUGAUUUAAUGGGAACAUAAAUUCACACAUUCUCUUCCUACCGUUGAGGCUUCCCAUCCACAUGCUCCACACUGCCCAAAGAAGUGUACAGGAAAAGGGGGAGUGAAGCGAGGGCGAUGGUCGUAACGUGAUGAUGAGCGACAGCUUCAAUCAGCAAACGAGCUAGUGGAUAGGACGAAAAGGACUGUGGAACACCCACCACGUGGGGAACCCCCAAUGUGAUGUGUGAUGAACGUGUUAGAGUGGAAAAGGGACGCGCGAUAGUGCGUUCGGUGCGUGCAAAGGCAAUGCAAUGAGAGUGCGUGAGUGCGGACAGGUUGGGCGGCAUUGGACCGAAUGUAGGAACCGGAUUGUGUGUGUGUGUGUAUGUGUGUGUGUGUGCCAGGCUCGAUAUAUUGUGAUUUGUGAUUGUUAUUGAUGGUUGUUGACGAGCGCGAAUGUGUAUGAAAUACGAAAUAAAAUCAACCGGCAUGAAACGGUCGUGUGGCGGCUAGUAGGUAUGUGACGAGUAAGCGAAUGGGGGAUGGCGGGAUGGGAAUGGAAAUUUUGUGAUAUUUUUGACAAACGGAACCAGACAAACGAACUAACGCGGUAGCAGAACCAGCAUGAACAGAACAGCACCAAUGCAAUAGCAUUAUUACAUUAAGGGAGCUGGGACGGAGCAGAAUAAUUGCAAAACAGACAACAAGCGAACAGGCCAACAAAUGCAGAUAGAAGCUGAAAUAGAAAAUAUUGGAAGGUGGGGACUACUAGAGGGGAAAGGGUGGUUGUUGAGUGCGGACGCGACUAGGGUAAAAAAGAAACCAAGAGAAACUAUUCAUUACUACUAGCACGAUUACGCACGUUGUCUAGUUAGGGUUUUGUUGAUAUUAGUUUAUGCGUUAGCUGAUCACUGAUUGCUGUUAUUCAUACGUUGAUUUAAAGCGUAAUAGUGCUUUCGCGCAACGGUUUGCGAGGGCAUUUUUUAUGUAUUUCGGAUCGUGAGACGGUUUAUUGAAACAUGCAACAACAACAACAAAAAAAAAACCAAAGUCAUUUGCAACAAUCUUGUUCGGUCGGGGACAGAUCGAGGCGCAAAAAAGAGAACGAAUCAAAUUGUGUAAUUAAAACGAUGCGCUUUGAAAACGUGUGUAGUAUAUAUCGAUACUAUUAAACCACAGAGCGGAUGAAAGUUGUACAUUUUAAAUCUCUUUGACAUACGGAAAUCAAAGCAAUAGUGUAGCAACAGAGGGAUGUGUGUGAGUGAUUGUGCGUGUGGUUAGAACAAUGAAGUAGGACGAAGCAAUUAGUUCGUCUUGCGAUGAAGUAAUACACUUCACCUUACCGCAUACCGAUUCGGCCACCGACUCUACCCGACUGGUAACGAACGGUUCGACCAGCCAGUGGAAGUGGUUAAACAAUCAAAACUUUAACCAACGAUUACACAACCUUAUCACCGCCUUUCCAUCUUUCUCGACCAGAGUGUACAUAGAUACGUGUAAGCUUUCCUACCGGAUGGGGGGAUUGCAACUGUUUUCAUGGUUACAUAGUAUAGCAUAAUUUAGCACCUCUGCCCACGUGGCGAACGAUAAGAUCGGUUUGCCGGCAGGGGAAAAGAUUAAUUGUAAAGCAAAGAGUUCAUCGUGUUAGGACUAAUCGUCGGAGCCUGUGGUCUAGGGUUGCGAAUAAUCAUUCCACACAAGUCACUAUUUUUAAGACAGCUAGCUCGAUCCAAGGCAACCCGCAAUAUCGUCGCUUUUUGCUCAACCCUCACAGUGCCGGGAGAGGUAGUUUAUGUAAAGACAAAAAAAACGUCCCUUCAAAAGCAACACAUUUUAAUCAUUGUUAUCGGAUAUAUAAUGAACUGUUUGCUCUUCAAAUGUCGCAUAAAGGAUUACACAAACGGCGCGUACACAGUCCGGCAAAGUACGAGUAAGCACGCGAUUAUGUACCGUAGCAAAAUUUGUGCACAAGCAAGUGAUAAUCGAAAGAAUGCAGUAAGAAAGAAUAUCGAUGGGAUAGUAAACAAUUCUUGGUGGGAAAAGAAGAGGAACACGUUGACAAACAAAUACGAACAUCAUAUCGGAAAUGAAAAAUCUAGC